AGGGCAGCAUUGCACACGCCAGCGUAUAGCCUGCCGGAAUUACAGAAGAAGAAGAAGGAAGAAGAAGAAAAAAGAAAAGCGCUUCAGUGCGAAGUAAUGUAUGAAAAGCGUUCUGCUGCAGUAGUGUAGUUAAGAAAGAAAACAAUCUGAGACAGAGAUGAACAAAGAGGCUGCAGUUUUUCAGGGCGGCUUCAUUCUGGCAAACAAGAUGUGCCAUCCUGCAUCUCUCGCCACUCUUCAGAAAUGUGACUGGAAGAGGGUGGAGCAUCCAGUCCUAGAGACUGUCCGAGAACUCUGCAGCCGAGGGGAAUCUGACGGCCAUGCAUACAACAGCGCAGCAUGCUGGAGAAAGAAAUUAGUUUGUGUUGUGUGGUUGAAGCUGUUGUGCACAGAGACUAAAGAGGAUACAGAAACGGCUUGGAGGGAGAAUCCUUUCUUCACCAUCCUGAAUGGCCUCCCUGAGGUCAACCAUGUUGUCCUGAUGGAGCUGGUGAAGUCGGUAGCAGCUGCUGGCAUCUUUGCCCAGUUACUCCUGCAUCUUCCUGAGCCGCAGCUCUGUGCAGAGCUAGAAAGACUGACUCAGCAUGUGAAAUGCAGCCCAACAGGAGAGGCUGAUGUCCGGCUCUUUCUGGAGGUGUGGUGGGAACUGUGGAAAGGCAGAGAUGAGCAAAAGGCAGGAGCAGAGGACGGCAUAGAAGCGGUGUUCGCUAACCAGUACGCCCGCCUCACCUCACAGUCCGUCUCUUUGUCUCCUCAGGCUGCUAAGAGGCAAAAGCUUGACCCAUCAGAUCUAAAAUCUCCAUAUGUGUCCUCACCAAGCAGCGACGUCCUCUUUAUUCUCCUUAAUGCACUGUAUGACAUAAAGCAGGACAUACAUAGAGUAGACCUCUCCCUCACAGCCCUCUCCAUGUCCCUCGAUGCUCUUUAUACGUCCUUCUUGAUAAAUAAAUCUGUUGUGCUUCUGGUAAAGCACAAGAUGUCCAUUCUGUCUGAGAUUGUUAGCAUCAAGCAAAAGGAAGAUGGAAAAUUAAGCCCUGAACUUAUUCGGGAGGCUCAACGAGAUCUACGUGCUUCAAGUAUCCCGUCUCAGUUUCAGCUCAGCACACUGACGUUUAGCCGAGCCUUUAAGCUUGUAACAGAACUCGCACAGUUUUGGCAGAGUAGCAGCUUGCUGCAAGUGGAGGACUGCUCCGCUCCGAGCUACUCAGCUUUUAAACUACGACAGAGUGUUCAGAGAGUCCUGGCAGCUCUAGAGGGUGGAGACCAGCAAGUGGAUCAUCAGGUGGAUCUGACCGAUGAAACAAAUGCACUCAGAGGAGUGCUGGAGGUGCUGUCUUUCCCUCCCUUAGAGUGCAGCACUGAGGUCAAAGAGGAGGUCAUCACAACUAUAAUUAGUCAUCGCUUGGAGGACUACAGGGAGUUUGCAAUGUUGUUUGCCAGCAAGAAGAGUUGGGCCUGUGAUGAGGUUUGGAUGAAUUGCCUGGAAAAGAACCAAGCUGUCUUCCAGCAGCAUGUGACGCUGGACAAACUGGUGUCUACUCUCAUGAGUAAAUUCAACAGCGAGCACAUAAAUGUGAUCCAGUGCAGAAAACUAAUAAAGGUCACCGCAGAUAUUUUCUCUGCACUUUCAUUGGAAGAUAAAAACAAGGCUUUGGAUGCCAUGUUGACGUUGUCCAGCAAGGGGUUCUUCGGGUGCGCCAUCCCCACCUCGGUGAGCGAUGGGUUUGAAAAGGAGCUCAACAUGGCGUUCAACUGUAUCAUUCAAGGAGGUGGCGGAGGCUCGGCAGCGGCCAUGCAGAACAGUUUAAAUACAGCAACUGCCUUAGUGGCCCGAGUGGCAUUUCAGAACCCAGAGGCCACUUUGAGAGCUUCCUGCCAUUCAGCAAUUUUCAAUAAAGGUGCUUUCGGUCUUAUGGCCAGGAUCUUGCAGCAGCUACCAGGACUCAGAGGGAGGGAAAGGAAACACGAUGACGAAAACACAGUUGGUGAUUUAGAUGGAAGCAGUGGUGCUGUGAGUAGUUGCAGUUUGCUCUGCAGAUGCCUGCGGGAGGUAACCAGAGCCAGAGUGAUGUCAGCCAGCGACAAAGAGCAGUUCAUCAAGUUUAUUGAUGUGAUGAUGACGCCAGCCGUGACAGCUGAUGGAGGGGAAAGGAGGCGAAGCUUUCUGUCACCUCAGGAGGUCGUGAAGACUUUGGUCCUGCCGAACCUCUCAGCUGCAGGUCACUCCAACAUCAACAUAGACGUGAGUCUGCAACUUCUCCACAGUGCGUUGUGUGUGGAUCUCCAGGAACCGGCCUCUACUCCUCACUGGAUCCGAGACUGCUUCCCCUUUCCACUCCUUUAUGUCCUGGCUCAGCUACACAACCAAAUGCUCAGGUGUUGGGAGCAGACACCAGAGACCAGCACCCUCCAUUGGUCCAUGGACACCAAGGAGCUCCUAGCCACUGUCCUGACCAAACUGGGACAGGUUUUGGGUGCUGUGGUGGCAUCAGAUCCCAGCAGCUGGUCCAGAGCACUGUUCUGGCUUUACAACAAGAUGGAACAGCUCGACUGGACCAUUCGUUUUCACUUGAAGCCUAUAUGGGGGGAACAUUUUAAAAAUGAGGUGCCCUCUUCCCUUCUGACUGUGUGUGAUCUACCUGAGCAGGAGUGGUCGGGUUGUGACAUGCCUCAGUAUGGCCCAGGAACAGGCCUUUUGGCCUGGAUGGAGUGUUGUUCUAUAUCUGAUUCCCUGCAGUCCACCAUGCUGCAUUGUCUGGCUUUGGACCGGACCCGACCUGACCAUGUUGGCAUGUUCAGCAAAGGUCUGCUGGUGGCCCUGACCCAGGUCCUGCCUUGGUGCUCCAUCUCCCAAUGGACCAGAGUGCUAAGAACUCUGAGGCAGCUGCUCCUCUCAGGUUUGCUCCACGUUCCCUUUUCACUGGAGUACGUGGACUACCUGCCCCUGCUGGAUCUGAGAAGGUUUUCAUGCGAGCUUCGCCUGUCAGUCCUCCUGCUGCGAGUCCUUCAGCUGCUCUGUGGGGCCAGCUGCUCACACUGGCUGUCAGGAGAUGGCUGGGUCCAUGUUGGCAGGUUAUACGCGCACGCUAUGAAAGAUAUGGUGAGCUCGCUAAGGGCCAAAUUGCCUCUUCCUUCUUCUGGUGCUUUGACUGCCACUCCAGACGUCUGUGCUGCUUCAGCUCCAAAAACACAAACACCCAGAGACGCCAGUCCUCCUGCUUCAACCAGUGGUUGUACAGUGUCCGCAUGCUCUCACAAAGACAUUAGAGAAGUGGAGAAAGCCUCCUUUUUGAAGUCCCUCAGUGGUUCUCCAGGCACUGAAGUGCAGUCGAGGUCAUCAGACGUCUCCUCCACAGAGCCACAGAUGGAGGACAAAGCUCAAACAGCUCCCAGUCAGGAAGUCCUUUUUGUACUCAGCCAGCUGUUCUGUCACGUUCAACAUGUCCAGGUGAUGAUGCCAGGAGGCCAGUGUGAGCCGUUGUUCCUUUCCAGUUUGGAGAUCCUGAGCCACUACGAGGCCGUCAUGGCUGCCUUUCCAGAGAGCAGCAGCGCCCUGGAGAGUGACAACAUACGCCAUUUCUUCUCCACCAUCACAGACAACUUGGACAACCAAGAUAUGAAGGCUGUUCUACAACAGAAGAUUGCACAGCUUGUGUCCUCAGCAGCUUGAUGCACUGAUAACUCGGUCAGUGCAGGUUACCAUGUCGUAUGUCUCAUAAACAGUCUUUUUUUUUUUUUUUUUAUUGGCACAAAGCAUUUGACAGACAGACCUCAUUAUUAUUGGUAAUUUUUAGUGUCUUGUAAAUAUUUUGUGACAAAUCCUGUAUUUUGUUCCAACAUUAAAAUUACUUUGAGUAUAUUUGCUGAUGCAUGGCUCAGUUACUCCAAAACACUGUCAGUUUUGUUAGGAUUUUAUUUUUAAUACAGUGAAUGUCUUUUUGCACUGCCAAAGCAUUUCUCGGCUCUGACAAUUUCUAGAUGUGAAUUUAAACUGGAUAUGGCAUGCUAAUUUAAGAGUAUAAAUUGAAUUACCAGUUUACCUGUGCCCAUUCACUUUUCACAGACCCUUUGUCAAACAAAGCACAUAAAAACCAAAAGUAGGUGUAAAGUAUGUCAGCUUUUUGCACGACGUUGCCACAGCAGAUAUGAUGGCUGUUUUAUCACCUACCAUAAAGUUCUUCAUAUAUUAAAACCAGUCACUGGUUUUAUUCAUACAAAUAUUAGUUACAAGCAGUAAAAAGUUAAAAUGAUUUGUCAUAUAAUUAGAAACAUUGUUACUGAGAGGAGACAUCCGCACAUGUACACCUCAUAAUGCAGGAUUUUUCUUUAAAGGGUUGCAUUAAAAAAA